GCCGCUUGGUGCAGAGGGCGUUGGCGACGCGGGGCCCGCGGCCGGCCCGUCCGCCGCAACCUGUCACCGUCGCCCCAGAGUGGCCGCGUCGGGGCAGAGAUGCCGCCAGCCGGCUGGUGCCUGCUUUGGCUUGGCUUGGUCUUGGCCUCAGUCUGCACCUCCCUUGAGUCUGCGGCGUCCAGCAACUCGACCACAGCUCCUCUGAAUGUCCUUCUGAUCAUCGUGGAUGACCUGCGUCCUUCCCUGGGCUGUUACGGGGACAAGCUGGUAAGGUCCCCAAACAUCGAUCAACUGGCAUCCCACAGCCUCCUCUUCCAGAAUGCCUUCGCCCAGCAAGCAGUGUGCGCCCCAAGCCGUGUGUCCUUCCUCACUGGGAGGAGACCAGACACCACCCGCCUGUAUGACUUCAAUUCUUACUGGAGGGUACAUGCUGGAAACUUCUCUACCAUCCCCCAGCACUUCAAGGAGAAUGGCUACGUGACCAUGUCGGUUGGAAAAGUCUUUCAUCCUGGAAUAUCUUCCAAUUACAGUGAUGAUUCUCCAUUUAGUUGGUCUGUUCCACCUUAUCAUCCCUCCUCUGAAAAGUAUGAAAACACCAAGACAUGCAGGGGGCCAGAUGGAGAACUCCAUGCCAACCUGCUUUGCCCCGUGGACGUGGCGGAUGUGCCAGAGGGCACCUUGCCUGACAAGCAGAGCACCGAGCAAGCGAUACGCUUGUUGGAAAAGAUGAAAACAUCCGCCCACCCUUUCUUCCUGGCUGUUGGGUAUCAUAAGCCGCACAUCCCCUUCAGAUACCCCAAGGAGUUUCAGAAGCUGUAUCCCUUGGAGAACAUCACCCUGGCUCCCGAUCCCCAGGUCCCUGCUGGCCUCCCUCCUGUGGCCUACAACCCCUGGAUGGACAUCAGGCAGCGGGAGGACGUCCAGGCCUUGAACCUCAGUGUGCCCUAUGGCCCAAUUCCUGUGGACUUUCAGCGGAAAAUCCGUCAGAGCUACUUUGCCUCCGUUUCAUACUUGGAUACACAGGUUGGCCACCUUCUGAGUGCUUUGGAUGAUCUCCAGCUGGCCAAUAGCACCAUCAUCGCGUUUGUCUCUGAUCACGGGUGGGCUCUUGGUGAACACGGAGAGUGGGCCAAAUACAGCAAUUUUGAUGUCGCCACUCGCGUGCCCUUGAUGUUCUAUGUUCCUGGGAGGACAGCUCCGCUUCUGGAGGCAGGCGAGAAGCUUUUCCCUUACAUCGACCCUUUUGAUUCCAUCGUGGAGUUGAUGGAGCCAGGCCGGCAAGUCGUGGACCUCGUGGAACUUCUGUCUCUCUUCCCCACGCUCGCGGGACUUGCAGGACUGCGCGUGCCGCCCCGCUGUCCUGUCCCCUCAUUUCGCGUGGCGCAGUGCCGCGAAGGCCAGAGCCUUGUGAAGUAUUUCCGAUUCCAGGACCUGGACGAGGACCAGUACCUUCGUGGUAAUCCCCGUGAGUCUGUUGCCUAUAGCCAGUACCCCCGGCCUGCAGACUCUCCCCAGUGGAAUUCUGACAAGCCGAGCUUAAAAGAUAUAAAGGUCAUGGGCUAUUCCAUACGCACAGUAGACUAUCGGUACACUGUGUGGGUUGGUUUCAAUCCCCGUGAGUUUCUGGCUAACUUCUCUGACGUCCACGCAGGGGAACUGUAUUUUGUUGAUUCUGACCCUUUGCAGGACCACAACAUGUAUAAUGGCUCCUGGGGCAGAGACCUCCUCCAAUCACUGCUGCCAUGACCCCGGCCAGCCGGGGAGGAGGGCAGCUGUCACAUGCUCCCUUGCAGCUGGGGAGAGGAGGCAUUAGAGCUGGUCACUUGGUGAUCAUCCAUACUAUUAGGAGCAACCCGAGGGGUAGGCACGCAAAGCAUACGUCCCCAGCUUGACCUAAGAAUAUGUGAUCGCCUAACCUUUUGAUUCUUUAUUAAUUUGAGUCUUUAUUAAUAUCCACUUGGUAAUUGGGCUGGGGCUAGGCUGAACUGUUCUUUCCUUUUUGGGGCAAUCACAGCCCGUUUAUUGAGUGGAUAAGUGUAAAGGGAACAACCGAAAUCUGUCCUGCUUUUAUCCAUUGAGACCAUAAUAACCAGACACAACACUGUACUCAAGAAAUGGUGUAAUUACCUCUGGAAUCUAGUGCAUUUCAAAAAGUAACCAUAUGUCACAUUAGGUUUCACACAAAUUCCCUGGUUCUUUUGUUUAUAAUUUAAUAAUAUAUUUAACCAAAUAUGUUCAAAGUAUUAUAUCAGUAUUUCAGGUUUCAGGUUUGUAAAAUGUGAAGUUAAAUAAUAAUGCUAGGCGCUAAGGCCUUAAAGUCUUAUCUUCAACUUUUGUUAAUAAGAUUGCAAGUUUUCCAAAAUCCAAAGAUAAAAUAUGCAUGAAGCAACUAAUGUAGAAUUUCUGCAUCAAAUAAAUGAUGCUAAGUCAACUAGAGGCAUGAGAUCUUUGGGAAAUUCAGUUAGAAAUGUUCAGGAACUUCUGGCCCAAAUAGUAAUUUGUUAGCAAGUAACAUGACCAUUACCCUCCAAGAUCACCUGUUGAAAGGCCCUGUUAUUCACGGUGGAAAACAUUUAAAGGUGUAACUGUAUCCAUGAAUCAAGUAAUUCAAAACUGUUGUGUUCUCCUUCUUGAGGAAUGGUUGGUUGCAGGUAUACAUUUAUCCAGGAGGCAGGAAAUAGUCUACUUUGAAUAGCUGAUUAAAGACAACAUUAAUUUUACUAAAUUCUGAAUUAUUUUGAGAAUUGUGAAAACUGCACUUAAUAUAUUAGGUAAUUUCUAAUCCCCCAGAACAUAGUUCUGUAUUCCCUAAAUAUGAAAGUAACCAGAAAGGCAGGUGGUAAUUAUAAUAAGCUUAGCCUACAUCAUCUUUAAAAAGGAUGGGAUAAUCACAACUCAUAUUCGUAACACGUGGAAGUUAAUCAGUCAUCAGCACUCAUCAGAGGAGUCAGCCACAUUCUAAAUAAACAUCUUACAUUGUCCCGUAUCAAAGUGAGUAAUUUCUAGUAAUUCUCUUUACAAGUGCUUCAGUGUUUAAAGGUAAAUGUUUGUGAAAGAAUACUUACGUGUAUUGUAACAAAAAAGGCAAGAUAUUAUUGUAAAAGAAGACUUCAAAUCAGUAAUUUCAGACAGUGCUUUUUUAAAAUUAAUUAGUCCACAACAGAGGCAUAUAUGGUAGCACAACGAUCUCCUAAGUGAUUAAGUGACUUAGUGUCUUGGCAACAGCAGUUUCUAGUUGAAGAGUGAAGGGCCCUAUUCAUCUCUCCUGAUCCCGAGGCUCAUCUUUCUUCUGGAAGUCUUGGCUUAUACUAGUAGAUGGGGUCCCUGGGCCUUUUAUUUCUCCUUUUCAUCCUCUUUAUCGGUCUCAUCACUUCCACUAAGAUUUUUACAAUCUGGUCUGGAAAUUCCUCGUGCCAUCUUUUCAGCGUGUUGAGCUUUAUCUCCUACUUCCUGGGUAAGAUGAGAAGUUUUAACACAGGCUUUUCUUUCACGUGCGUCUGUUGGCCGCAGUGCGUACACUUUGUCCUGGUUCACUUCUUGAAGCACAGUUUUAUCACAAAUCUCCCAGUUCAGUUCUGCUCUUGCUGAAGUUGAAAACUGACCUGCGUCAGAGAAGAGGGAAGUGACAGCUACGUUGGGGGUGCGGCUGCCGUUUUGGCAGUAAUUUGUCUGCCCGUGUGACCAGAGCCGCAUCUGGGGCUUUUGUGUGUCCCUCUGUCUCUGCUGGAAGUCCUUCUGUCUCCUCUCUUCUGUGCGAAGACCCAGUGUCCGAGCUGAUUCUGGUGCGAUGGUUGCUCUCGGCCUCCCUUCAGUCUCUCUCCCGUUAGAAGCAAAGGCUGAGUUGCCCGCUGGGUGGCCUGCUUUCCCGAUCGUCUCACAGGUUAUGGGUGUUCACUGUUUUUGACCCUGAACGCAACGUAGAGCCGCAUUUUCUUCCCUUCUGCAUGUCUCCCACACAUGUUGGAAUGAACAACCACUUUCUGGUUUUCAGGCAUCAAAGCUGACCACGCUCCUUCUCUGGCCUCAGCCUGGAGUGAGCACGUCUCUAUGGUUCCACAUAGCCUUUCUCGGCCCGCCGAGCUGGACGUGUGUUCCUCGUGGUCCCCUGGGCACUUCUUGUUAUAAAGCCCGUUUCAUUCCAGCAGUGGUUCUUGCAUACAGUUCAGAGGAAACCAGAACUAGCGAGUGCAGAAAUUUUGUGUGACCCUGUUUCAGUGGCCCCCAAGCAGGAGCGUGAGCCAGAGCCGUGCAGGGCCCCCACCCGCAGAGUUGCUGCAUCCUCGCGGCUGGGGUGGGGCCUGAGAAUGUGCAUUUCCUGCAGAUCGCGCUGCUCUCCUGAGACCACACUUUGAGAAUCACCGCCCCCGGGUACGUGCUCUCCAGUGGCCACUGGGCACACGCGACCAUUUAAAUGAAUUCAAAUGAAAUAAACGGUUCCAAAGCAGAAUCUCAGUGAGGCUUGUCAUAUUUCAAGUGCUCAUCAGCCUGACAUGGUUAGCAGCCGCCAUCCUGGAGAGCACAGAUCUAGAACCUUUCCAUUGUGGUAGAAAGUGGAACGGAGCUGCCCUAUACUCACUCUGAAUGGAAGCCGGGUCUACCCAGCCGUGGGCAGGUUCCUCCUGGGGGCUAGCUGUCCACCCUGUGUGUGCAAGCAAAGGCUGUUGGUUUGAGGCGCACCACAGGGAAUGCCCUCUGGCCCUCGGCGCUCCCCCCUCCAGUGCCAUUGCCAUCACCAGCCCUCUCACCACCUUCCCGCCUAGCUUACCCCCCCACCUCUUUCCUCCCUCGCUCCUGAAGAAUCCACGUGUCUUCCUGAACUCCCUCUUAGACCCCGCCCUCUGCGAACACCGCCAGUGCCUACUACGGGGUCCACACAGACCUUCGCUGAGCAGUCAGAGUCUUCCCUGGCUCCACAAAGCCCCUUUCCUCGGCCGACCAGUGUGCACACUGGUCCCUGACUCUUCCUUGCCGAUCCCUGCCUCCCUGCACCCCACCCCCAGCUUCUCCCCUUCCCCCUCUGUUCAUGACCAUUCUUCACGCUCACUCCCCCGCCCCUGCCAUCUCCAAGAGGCUGCGCUCUGUGACUCUAGACCGUGGCGUGGCAUGGCGUGGCGUGAACUGACCAGGAACAUCGCUGAAGAGUCUUGUGACCACUUUGAAAAAAGGUAUCCCCUUCUGAGCACAAAGUUAAAGUGUUAAUCGUAGAAAAACCGGAAAACAGAAAUGUACUAAAAGGCAAGAAAAUGCACCAGUACUUUGCCCCAAGAUGAUCACUUAAUAUCUUGCCUUCUUUGGGCUAUGAAUUUUUUUACAUUGCUGUGAUCAUCCUGUGUGUUUUAUCUUCCAGUUUUAUAUUCUUUUUAUCACUAAAUAUUAUAUGUGGUUACUAAAGUUUCUGCAAAGAUGCUUUAUACUGGUGGUGAUGUAUUUUCUUGUGUAACUUUUUUCAUAACUAACCUAACCUUCUUUCAUUGAAAAUUCAGCUUAUUUCCAAAAUUUCGGUAUUGUAAAUAAUGCUGUGAUGAACAACUUUGCAAAUGAAAUGUGUUUAUGUAUUUCAAAUUACUCCCUUGGGCUUGUCUCUUGGUGCCAAAUUGUUAAAAGCUUCUCUAUUUGGCCCUUCUCCCCACUCUCCUGCAGCUUAGGGUGGUAAAACUAGAAAUAAAGCAAACAAAUGUAUAAAAUAGGUGAAAGUGGUAUCCUGUUUGACCUUGUAACUCUCUGCUUAUCCGUGACCUUGAUCAUUGUUCUCUUUGUAAAACUGUUGGGUGUUUGUAUUUCCAGUCCUGUGAAUUUGCCUUUAAAUUUUGGUUGUUGGCUUCACUUUUUAAAAUAAACAAAUUGCUCUUU